UUUGUCCUACUGUGGCUGUCAGCGGGAGUUUGGAGUCAUGCGAGCAAUUCGCCCUUUAAACAAUUUCUCUAAACGGUGCUAUGCUGCUGCCAGGCCAAGUGACGCUCGAACUGAGGCCGACGCAGGACAUAAGUCGUCCGCAGCCGCGCUGCCCGCUCCUCAAAAUGUCCAGGUGUCCAAGCUCCCAAACGGUUUGGUGAUAGCGUCCUUGGAGAACUACUCCCCAGUGUCCAGCGUGCGGGUGUUUGUGAAAGCAGGGAGUCGCUAUGAGACUGCGGAGAACCAGGGUGUGGCUCACGUGCUGCGACUGGCUGCAAACUUGACUACUAAAGGCGUUUCUGCCUUCAAGCUCUGCCGCGGUGUGGAAGCGCUCGGAGCCAGUCUGAGUGCUACAUUAUCCAGAGAAAACAUGGUCUACACUGCGGAGUGCUUUAGAGAUGACCUUGAUAAUAUAUUGGAGUAUUUAGUCAACGUGACCACGGCGCAGGACUUCAGGCCCUGGGAAGUGAAUGAUCUGACACCCAGGGUGAACAUCGACAAGGAUCGGGCAAAGCAGUCUACUCAAAUAGGUGUCAUUGAGAAGUUGCAUGAAGCAGCUUACAAAAACGCCCUGUGCAACUCUUUGUACUGCCCAGACUACAUGCUCGGCAAAGUCUCUCCUCAGCAACUGCACUCAUUUGUCGACGACCAUUUCACGACUGGCAGGAUGGCUGUGGUCGGGCUGGGUGUGGCGCACUCCGACCUGAAGCAGCUGGGCGAGAGGUUCCUCAGUGUCCGCAGCGGGGCCGGAGCUCCUGCAGUUAAAGCAUCUUACCGCGGAGGCGAGCUUCGUGUUCAGACCAAGGAUGACCUGGUUCACGCAUUGGUCGUCAGCGAAGGCGGCGUGGCGGGCAGCGCGGAGGCCAACGCGUUCGUCGUGCUGCAAAGGAUGCUGGGAGCAGGGCCACAUGUGAAGCGGGGCACCAGCAUCACCAGUAAACUGAGCCAGGGUAUCGCCAAAGCAACCACACAGCUCUUUGAUGCCUCAGCCUUCAAUGCCUCCUACUCCGACUCGGGUCUGUUCGGCGUCUACACCGUCUCGCAAGCCAAUGCCGCCGAUGGCGUGAUCAGAGCGGCCCUCGCUCAAGUGGGCGUCGUGGCCGAGGGCGGCGUGACGGCGGAUGACGUCGCCAGAGCAAAGACUCAGGCCAAAGCGGAUUAUCUGAUGUCAAUCGAGAGUUCAGACGGUCUGAUGGCGGAGAUGGGCGCUCAGGCUCUGGCGACCGGAGCGGACCGGCCGCACGAGACGCUUCUCCAGGCCGUCGACGCCGUCACCCUCGACCGUGUGGUCAAGGCUGCAAGAAAAUUUGUGGAGGGCAAGAAGACCAUGGCAGCGAGUGGACAUCUUAUCAAUACACCUUUUGUGGACGAGUUAUGAAAGGCCUUUUUAUUUUUUUAAAGAUGGGUAGGCGUUCAGCGCCCGUCAGGUCUGUGAAGAAUAAGGAGGAGGACUUGAAUUUCAUGUGAGCAGCCAUUCUUUCUGUCCAACCGCGGUGAGUCUCAUCAGCAACAAAAGGCGGCGCCGCCCCAUCGAGCCACUUGUUGCUCUUCUUGUCCGUUUCUGUGAAUAGCUGUGUAAAUUAAACACGAUGAGAGUAAAACCAA